AUGCUAUCACUCCUAAUUCCUGGUCCAAAGUCCCCCGGAAAUGAUAUAGAUGUGUUCUUGGAGCCGUUGAUCGAUGAACUUCAAGAGUUAUGGGAAGUUGGGGUGAAAACUUAUGAUUCACAUAGUCGCCAAAAUUUUAAUAUGAAGGCCGCGCUAUUGUGGACAAUGAGUGAUUUUCCUGCUUACGGGAAUCUGUCUGGUUGGAGUACUUGUGGUAAACUUGCUUUCCCAACAUGUCAUAAGCAUACUUGGCACAAGCGGUUAAAGCAUGGAUCGAAAGAAUGCUUUAAAGGUACUCGUAUGUUCUUGGAACCCGAUCAUAGGUGGAGAAAUGACAAGAAAUCUUUUGAUGGGGAAAAGGAGAGACGACCACCUCCUAUUCCUUUGUCAGGGGAUGAGAUAUUAGAGGCAUUUGAUGGUGUCCCCAAUGUGAUUUUUGGGAAGAAGCGAAAGAGAACCGAUCGAUACUUGUUUGACCAAUGGAAGAAGUUGAGCAUCUUCUUUAGACUUCCUUAUUGGAGUAAGCUUUUGAUAAGACACAACUUAGAUGUCAUGCAUAUUGAAAAGAACAUUUGUGACAGUAUAUUAGGAACAAUACUUGAUAUUCCUAAUAAGACAAAAGACACCUUGAAAGCUCGAAAGGAUUUGAAGGAGAUGAAUGUGCAUCAUAAUUUAAUUCCUAUUAAGAUAGGUGAUAAAUAUGCCAUCCCUAGAGCACCAUAUCAGUUGACAUGUAUAGAGAGGCGUAAAGUAUUGGAGUUCUUGUCCAAGGUUAAAGUGCCAGAUGGUUACUCUUCUAACAUAGCUCGAUGUGCAAGUAUGGAAGAUGGAAAAAUCUCAAACAUGAAAAGUCAUGAUUGUCAUGUGUUCUUGCAAGAUUUGCUUAAACCGGCAUUUCAAGAUGGAAAAGAGUAUUGCAAUUACUCUUUGCAAGCUUGAAAAGGUAUUUGUUCCGGCUUUCUUUGAUAUUAUGGUCCACCUUCCAAUCCACUUGGCCAAUGAGGCCAAGAUAGCUGGCCC